AUGCCUCGUCCUCAUUUCUUAAUCCCCGCCUAUCUACCUCCUCUUCACCUUUAUCGACACAUCCUUCGCGAAACAUCGUAUCUCCCUCCAGCAAUACGUCCAGAAAUUACGCACCGUAUUCGCACACGAUUUCGAAGCCAUCGGAAAUAUGAUCGCCACCAAAACAAGCACCGCGCCACUGCGGCCAAUCUUCUGCGUAGAUUGAGGGCAGCAAACAGUGGCAAGCAAACGCUCAUGUACGACUUGAUAAUGGAGGCAUUUGGUAGAACUGGGGCCCGAAGGCGAAGCCUACUUUCGGACUUCAUACAGCUCGAACCUCCCAGCAACUCGGAUGCUUUGGAGGCCUUGAUCCAAGGAGUUGAAGCGGAUGAAAAGCCUGCAGAAACGGUCGAGCUUAAAGCAACUAAGUUGGAAAACGAUUCCUCUCCACCUAAACCAGCCGAAACAACGAUAGAAAGUCGGACUUCUACGAAUUCUUCGGAGGACACGAACGACACCCCAAGCAAUGGAGAAGAACCGAAAGCGAAAGCACAUCUGUUAAGAAAAGGACCAAAGCCUCUGCAGCCAGCAUUCUAUGAGAAGUGGGACAUCGAGAAACUCCAAAAACUCCUCCGCAGUCAAAGGGAUCUACAGCAAUCAACAGGGCUAUCUUGGCCUCAUAGAAAUAUCAGAAGCCUCCGAACCGAUUCAGAGGUCCCUAGUCAAACCAUCUGGGGGAGACCACCCACCCCAAAUAUAUAUCAAGCUAAGCGACAAAGAUUCUGGAAGCGCGCUUCAAACAAAACGAUGCCACCACUUGGAAAAGAUGAAUGGGAUCUUUUAGGCCGACUCAGCGGCGGCGCUCAACAGGAAGAUCAGUGGAAAGUCCCGGAAAGACGACCUGUUGCGAAGCCCUCACGCGGUGCCACUCCUCAGUCUGAUACCUGGGAUUGGGAGGGCUAUGCUUCUCGGCCGGCCUCUCAGGUUGAGCGUACGAGUCCGCUUUCCCCUUAUGCUUUGGUAGGACGGGAUAUGGAAAAGCAUCCAUAUCAACCAAGGUUCAAUGAUGAGGAGUAUUCGCCCAGAUGGUUUAGGCGUGCUUAUCAACGAGUCUGGCAGAUUACCCCGAAGAUGGAUCCAAAUUCAAAGCCAGGCAGGCUCAAGUUCAUAUGGGGUGCUUUAACAACCCCCGCGGUCCCCCCUACAAAAGCGCAACUGGCUAUUUUCGAGGGCGUCGAUAGAAAGGGUAAACGGCCAGUACCCGCCUCCCGAUCUCAACGAGAGCCAUAUUCACAACCAAGGACUGCGCCCGACCCUGUUGAACGCAGAAAGUCAUAG